AUGUCCCGUGCGCCUUACUCUGGCCACUUAUCUAUCAGAAAGGCCACUCUACUUGAAGGCACGGGACCUCAUCCAGCGCUGCUCGUGGAUGAGAUCCUGCGAGAGGUAUUCACACAUUUGAGACCCUCCGCCACAGAACCGCGGAACACCCUGGAGCACAAAUCCGCCUUCGACUGCCGCCGUGGCCUAUCAAGUGCUGCUCAAGCUUGCAGGGCGUUCUAUGGACCAGCUAUAGCGGCGUUGUGGAGUGUACUUCCCGGUUUGAAGGUCGCAUGGGCACUGUUCCCGUCAUUUACCCUCGUCGGCGACGAUGAUACAGAGGAAUACUCCGUCGACAGUGAUGAAGACCUGGAGGAUAACUUCUUCGGAUUCAGCAGGGAUCAAGACACAGAGGUCAACUCUAAGUUCUACUACACCUUCGAAAGGGACAUCCGCCAGGAAGAAUGGGACCGGUUCUGCCAUUAUGCAAAACAUGUACGAGUCAUCACGAAGCAUUCCGAGACGUAUCGCAUCCACCCAUCAGUCUACUAUCAGCUCUCGAGGUACAGCCGUGGUCGACCGCUGUUUCCCCGUCUACAGGAGCUGACUUGGAACCUGACGACGCCUCAUCAAGCCAAUCUCCCCCUUUCCAUAACACCGACUCUCCACUUCUUCGUAACGCCAACCCUCCAAAAGUUCACUAUUUGGUUGAUGUACGCACGGAAUACGGACGCGGCAGACGACGAGUGCGCAGGUAACAACCUCCUCCUCCAGACGGUGGUCCCUCUGCUGCAUGAUCUUCGAGAGCUGCAGAUAUAUUCAUACACGGACGAUAUUGGUGUCGACAAUCUAGCCUGGACGUCCGUCCUCCAACUCCAUACACUCCGCACCCUCCACCUUGAGCCACUUUGCUCUAUCGAAGAUCUAGAGUUCAUUGCUGGACUCGCAACACUUCCACGACUCACAGAGUUAUCGGUGUCUCUCGAUUCGCAGUGCGAGGAUCCUGACGGAUUCGCCCGCAUCCACGGGUUUCAUGCCCUCCGGACACUCACCUUGACGGAGGUGGACUCUACUGGGAUUCUCUCACCCUUCACGUCGCCCAACAUUCACACCCUCAAUUUUUCCUUGCGCUAUUGGGACAGUGCGACCUUGGAACUGCUGUUCCACGAUGCCAUUACUCGGUUCCCCGCGCUUCGCUCUAUGGCUGUUGGCCUCUCAAAAUUCGGAUUCGGACCCGGCGAUCAGGAAAGACAUAUGCAUGCCAAUAUCCCUGACUUCCACACGCUCUUCGGCAUGCUCCCACUUGCGCCCGCUCUCGAAGAGUUCUCCAUCCGCACACCCAUGAUGCUCUCUACCGCCGUGGGUGGGGACCGCGAGCUCGCGCGUUUCGCGGAGACCUGGCCGCGCCUGCGUGCGCUACGCUUCGUUACGACGCUGCAAGGCGACGUCUCGCCAGCCACGCUCAUCGCCUUCGCGCGGCACUGUCCGCAGCUACACACACUACACCUGCGCGGGCCCGUGAUCCGUGACACGAUGGCGGAAUGGUUCCCCGAGCCGCCGCUCCUGGAGGGCGGCCACGGGCUGCGCGAACUAGGUGUGUGCCGCCCGCCACCGCUCGACGAUCCGGGUGCGGUCGCGUCAUUCCUGCGCGUCGUGUUCCCGAACGUGCGGCUGGCGACGCCAGUGUGCUGUGAAGUAUGCACACAUCCUCAGUACUAUGCGUUCAUGAAGAUGCCGGAUGUGGCGGCGAUGUUGGAACUGGGAGUGGGAACCCACGAACCUUAGGACGAUGGUGGGGCCAUUUGGAGCAGUAGUGGAAGCUCCCGCGUGCAAGGAUUCUGUUGCUUCGUAGCACACAGGAUUUUCAAAGUUCGCUUGCAGAACAUGUACUAGUAAGCCC